UUGCGCAAAAAUUUCGGCAAGCGCUAAAUAUAUCACACACGCUACACGUUGCCGUGUGAACGCUCGUGUGAAUGAUAAUAAUACAAGUGUAUAUGUUUUUAAAAACAAAAUAUGCAAACAUUAAGGCGCGCGGUGAUUUUUAACUAUGCUGGGAAACAAACAGCUAGAUCAAUAGCUGUCAAAGCAGCGGUCGCCAAUGAUAAAAGAGCCGAAAUCAAACCAUGGCAAGACAUUCCAGGGCCUUCUUCAUUACCAAUCAUAGGACAACUGCAUCAUUUCCUUCCGGGUGGAUUUUUACACCUUUCGCAAAAAGAAGUGAUUAAUAUUUUAUACGAAAAGUACGGUCCUAUUGUAAAAAUGAAGUUCUUGGGACUACCGGCCUUAAUCGUUCAUGUAACUGAUGCUGAAGCUAUCGAACAGAUUCUUCGUGGUGAAGAUGCUUUACCAGAUCGACCCGCGUUCAAAUCUCUAGAAUACUAUAGAAAAGAAUAUAACAAAAAUAGAAAUCCAUCAGAAUGUACUGGGCUAGUUACAGAACGAGGGGAAGAUUGGAAGAGGAUACGCACAAAAGUAAACCCAAUUAUGCUGCAACCAAAAAGAGUAAAACUUUACAGUAAAAUCUUAGACGAAGUAUCUGAAGAUAUGAUAACUAAACUGAAAUCGAAACUUAAUGAAAAGAAUAUGGUGCAAGGUGGCAUUAGAAAUGAAGUCAAUUUGUGGUCUUUAGAAGCGGUGGCCGUAGUUGCCCUGGGAAAGAGACUAAAUUGCUUCGACCCAAAUCUUCCGCAAGAUUCUCCUGUAAGAAAGCUCAUUAAGAAUGUUCAUGAAGUUUUCCAUGCGGCUGAGGAGCUAGAUUUAAAACCUAGUCUUUGGCGAUAUUACCCCACUAAAAUGUUCAAAAAAGCCAUGAAGAUUUAUGAGGAACAGUCGCAGUAUGUACAAACAUUGUCGAAUGCUGCAUGUUAUAUUGCAUCAAGUAUUUUUUCACAUUUAUCCUCCUGUUAUUUCUGUUUCAGUCUAACUCGAUAUUUUAUAAAAGAAAGAAUAGAGCAACUUAAACAAUCCCCGCCUAGAAACGAUGACGAAAAGAGUAUAUUGGAAAAACUAUUGGACAUAGAUGAAAACACGGCGCAUUUGAUGGCAGGAGACUCGUUAUUUGCUGGAGUAGAUACGGUAGCGAAUGUCAUGAUAUCCAUCUUUUAUUAUUUGGCUACUAAUAUUGAAAAACAAAAUAGAUUAAGGGAAGAAAUUAUGUCAGGAGAUCCCAAACAACCAUAUCUGAAAGCUUGUAUAAAAGAAACUUUGCGUUUGAUACCUGUGGUACCAGGGAAUUUGAGAAAACUUACGAAAGAUUACAAUAUAUUGGGAUAUCAGGUGCCAAUUGAUACGUUUGCUAUAUUGAACCACGAAGUCCUUUGUAAGCAAGAUAAGCACUUUCCCAGAGCGAAUGAAUUCAUUCCCGAACGGUGGAUUGUUGAGAAAACCGACCCCUUGCAUUACAGCAGUGCACAUCCCUUCGUGUACAACCCCUUCGGAUUUGGAACACGCAGUUGUAUUGGGAGGCGUAUAGCACAACUGGAGAUGGAGUCAUUUGUUCACAAAAUGUUCAGGAGUUUCCACUUACAAUGGCAUGGGCCACCCGCUAAAGUAGAUGUAGCCAUCUCAAACUAUAUAAUUGGAGAUUUGCCCUUUACUCUUAAAGAACUAUGACAAUUCUAUAUAAUCGCCUAGUUAAUAUUGAUCUAAUAUAACUAUAUUAUUAUACGUUUUAUGUAUAACUAAUCUGGCUUAUAAUAUUAGCCCAAGAGAUUAGUUUUACAUAAUGCAUUAUGAGAAAUAACAAAUAUGAGAUCGCAGUUUGAUAAAAUUUAAUCAAGUUAUUAAAUUUUCCGGAUAAUUAAACGAAAUGUUUAUUGUCAAUUGGAGGAGUUAUAAAAAAGCCUGCUUAAUUACUGUUCCCUUCGUUAUUGAUAGAUUACUAACAAUGUCUACAUUUUGGUCAGUUUAUACUAGAUCUGAACUAAUACCGAAUUCUUCCUAAUUUACUUGGUUAGGUUUGGUUAGGUUAGGUGUA